CUGUUUCUCUUUUAUACCCCCUUUGAAAUCGUUGUGCUUAAACCCAUAAACCCUAGUCUACACACAGCAUUGCCAUUUUGCAGCAGCGCAAGAAAUUCCUCUUCUCGUCGCUUUCGAUCUCAAUUCUUCAAGAGUGGCAUGGAGCAAAGAUUAGCUAAUUGUUGGCGGUUGACAGUUAAUGAAAAGAAAUUCAUCGAAAGUGCUCUGCUAUCAGAGAUUCGAGUGGAUGGUCGUGGCCCGUUGGAUUAUCGCAAGUUAAACAUUAAAUUUGGAAGGGAUGAUGGAUCCGCGGAGGUCCAAUUGGGUGAGACACGUGUGAUGUGUUUUGUGAGUGGUCAACUUGUGCAGCCUUACAGAGAUAGGCCUAAUGAAGGCACAUUUUCCAUCUUCACUGAAUUCUCUCCCAUGGCUGAUCCUUCAUUUGAGCCUGGCCGUCCUGGAGAAUCUGCCGUUGAGUUAGGACGUAUUAUAGACCGUGGUUUGCGGGAAAGUAGAGCCAUUGACACUGAAUCGCUCUGCAUUCUUUCUGCCAAACUUGUAUGGGCCAUUCGCGUUGAUAUCCAUAUACUGGACAAUGUAGGGAAUCUUGUUGAUGCUGCAAAUAUUGCUGCACUGGCUUCUCUGAUGACAUUCAGAAGACCUGAAUGCUCUUUGGGGGGAGACGAUGGUCAACAAGUUGUAGUGCAUCCUCCUGAGGUGCGCGAGCCACUUCCUUUAAUCAUACAUCAUCUUCCCAUUGCUGUCACCUUUGGAUUUUUCAGUAACGAAAAUCUUGUGGUCUUGGAUCCGACAUACCAUGAAGAGGCUGUAAUGACUGGACGCGUGACUGCAACACUUAAUGCAAAUGGUGAUGUUUGUAGCAUUCAAAAGCCUGGGGGGCAGGGAGUCUCUCAACGGGUUAUCAUGCAUUGCUUGAAACUUGCUCAUGUUAAAGCUGGUGAUAUUACAGCCAAGAUAAAGGACGCAGUUGAAAAGCGUAACACUGAAAGAGCACUACAGAAGAUUAAGCGCCAUUCUUCCUCUGUAGCCGUGGAUGUAUAUGGUACCACUGCCAGAUUAGCUCCCAAACAAAAUCAAUCGUAUGCUGAUAAAGAUGGUAGCCAUCUAGCCCCAUUGAAGCUAAAAGAUGAGGCGAAUUUUAUGGAAUGUGAAGCUACGUCAUCAGAAGAAGUACAGAAUAACAAGAAGGAUGAAAGCUCAAAGAAUUUCAUUGGCGGUCCCUCAAGUUGGGAUCCCUACUCAGAGUGCGUCAAUUCAGAUCUUCUAAAAUCUUCUCUAGCUUCUCGUGGACAAUCAACUCCUAGUAAACGAAAGGAUUCAAGCCGGAAGACUAAGCCGGAAGAACCAGCGCAGGAAAUCAAGGCAGAUUCUGAACCAAUUGAUGACCCAGCUCUAACUGCUGGACAGAGUAAUGAAGGUAAGACUCUGAAUGACGCUGUGAAGCCCAAGAACAAGAGGAAGAAAAAAGCAUCUUCCAAUAACGGAAAUUAAGCAAUGAGAUGUGCGGUUAGUUAACGCGAUCAUGUAAGAAAUUGUGGUUGACAAGGAGGAAUGCUGUAAAUAUUCAAUGGGCAAUGGAAUUCAAUAGUCUAGUUGUGAAUUUAGGCAUGCCGAAUUCAAAGGACAACACUUACUAAGAAAAUUUUAACAAAUUAGGGUAGUUACUGAAAAUAGUAAAGUACAGAACAGAAUACUGAUUGAAAUUGGUACCAAGAAUAUGUAUACAUAUUUAUCACCAGAUUAUUUAUGUAAACAAAAACUUGCUAUUUUCUAUGACCAUGGCCAUUUAUCUUCA